UAAGAUUAAUUUCCCCCAAGAUUAUGCGCUACGUCUGAAGCAGCGACUUUGCGGUUAUCAGGGGCAAAAGCAUAGCAUGUAGAAACACGGACCCACGUGACUCGCGCAAAAGAAUUCUUAAUGAGUCAAAAUUCAAACUAAAAGCUUCCAACUUGAAAUACAUAAUUGUCAACGCAUAAGAAGACCAUCUUAAGACUGAAAAGUAAUCCUUCUAUAAUCGGAGAUCUGUCUUUUGGCCUUGUCCCCACCUGAAUGAGAAAUUUCUAUUGGAGAUCUACGACCUUGUUUCCCCGAUGACGACAACGGCGACAGCCCCGGCCGAGACAGCGGGGUCCUCUCGGCCCUGCAAUCGGUGCAAGGACCAGGAGGGCACGAUCGACUUGAGAGGGGCCGAGAUUGUGUGCAAGACUUGUUUUGCAUACUACGUCUCCAGCAAAGCCAUCAAGCGUCUCGAGGCCCUGCAGCGCGAAACCAGCGCUCCCCGCGCCAAGGGCCCCAGGCGUCCGCAGCGAUACCUUGUCGGCCUGUCGUGCGGGCCGUCGUCCACCGCGCUGCUGCACGUGCUUACGGAAAACGUGCGGCAGCAGCGCGCCAGGGGCCAGAAGACGUCUAGGUUCGAGUAUGUUGCCGUGCACGUCGUCGACGACACCGUUGCGCCUUAUACCACCGGGAAAGACGGGGGUGUAGAUAAAGAUCCGUAUAUCGCGGCCUUCCGCGCCCGCUUCCCGGAUGCGAACUUACAGACCGUGCCCCUGAGCUCCGCGCUCGAAUUACCUUCUAUCGACUGGACUACUCUGCCCAACCCCUACCCCAAUCCUUCUCAUGACUCUACCACCACCACCACCCUUUCCCCUUCCCACCGCCUCUCCCAAAUCCUCCACUCCCUCCCUUCCACCACCUCCCGUGCCGACGUCCGACGCCUCCUAACGCGACACGUGCUCCUCGCCGCCGCCGCGCUCCGCAGCUGCGACGCGCUCCUCCUCGGGCACAGCACGACGUCCCUCGCGGAGCUCACCCUGUCCGAGACCGCCAAGGGCCGGGGUUUCGCGGUGCCCUGGCUCGUGAACGACGGCGCCGCGCCGCUUCCCUCGGGUCUUCUUGACCCUACUGCUGCCGCUGCUGUUGCGGGGGGAUUAUUUCCCAGCGACGAGAACGGCACUACCACCACCACCACUCCUACUACCCACAAAUCCUUACCCGUCUACAGCCCGCUCCGCGAGCUCUUCCGCAAGGAACUCGUCACGUACCUCGUGCAAGUAUUACCAGCCGGGCUCGCGAGCACCCUCCUACCGCCCGUCGAGGCGGCGAAGCUAGAUAACGGUAGUAGUAGUGGUGGUACCGCGGCGGUAGUCUCGCACCGGGACCUGAGCAUCGACGACGUGCUGGGGCGGUACUUCGCCGAGGUGGAAGCCAGCUAUCCAUCCGUGGUAGCGAACGUGGUGCGCACGACGGGGAAGCUGGUACGGGUGCCUGAGGGGGAUGAUGAUGACCGUGCGGGGAGGAAUACGGCUGCUGCUACGAGCAACGGCGUUGGACGAGAACAACACACUCGUUGCGUCCUGUGCGGCGCAGGUCUGGACGAGCUCGGCGAUCAGCGGUGGAGGGGGGAAAUAGGCGACGAUGUUGAUGACGGGGAUAGCGAGGCGGCCGAGACUAGGCGGAAGUUGUGCUACGGGUGCCAGCGGACUAUACGCGGGUAGCGAAUAGCUACAACCUAACCUAACCUAACCUGGUACCUACACGUAACCUAGCCAGCACCAAUUUACCUCCUUCGGCACAUUUACAUGUAUCUCAGCGACUUACUUCUAGGUACUUACUUACUUUAUGUACUUACUCACUGGGCUUGACUUCCAUCAUCUUAGACAAUUCGAAACAAUGCAAAAAAAAAAAAAAGCAGGUGAUCUUUAACCUUUAAGAAUAAAUAUUAUCCCUAUCCUCCCUUUUCUUUUUCUUCUUCUUUUCUUUUCCUUUCUCUUCCUUCUCUACCAUUUCUCUCCUAGAUACAUACCUCCUAUGUUACCAAGAAAGAACCAAACUGGGCAGUAGUAAAUCUAUCCGAAUCUACCGCGCCGUCCCAUAUCUAACCAUAACCCGCCGAGACAAGGAAAAAUUAGAAAAAAAAAAAAGCCUCCAUCCCCUUCCCCCGUAGAUAUAGGCUGGGUGUAUAUAAAUACCUAAUAUAUAUACCUGACCUAACCUGACCUAACCUGCCCCCGAGCUCUCUAUAAUAAACUUCGGUGGCACUUGAAUACCGCAAGUGCGUGCGUGUGUGUGUGUAUCAUAUACCGGAUAUCUCUCUCUUCCCCUCCAUCCCCCAUCUCGAUACCAGGUAGGUAAUAUCUCCCCUCCAGACAUCCACGUACGAAACUCCCUAGCUAAGCGCCAGGUCGGUCAGCCUGUUUGCUUAACUUUUUUCCUCCUUAUAAAUUUUCCCUCCCUGAUGCCCCCC